ACUGGAAAUCCAGGUAAACUACCAGUACUUGAUCGAUCAGUGGUAGGCUGAAGUCGUGCCUCGAAGCCUGUGUGGCUCUUACCGUGCUAGCCUACCGUCAAUCGGUACUGUCGCCAUGGAUUUAGUGGCCAUAAGGGAGACUUUACGCCCGGGGGCUUUAGGGCUUUACCAGCUCUUGUCUUCGCUGUGUAUGUGACAUCCAGCAAGGUUCAUGUGUAUCUCCAUACUGAACACGAUUAUACGACAAACACCAAUAGUGUAUGGGAAAGGUCAGGUUAAAUAUAUAAAUAACACGACAUGUGGCGUGCGAUGAGCGCUGCAAGAUUCUAUACUUGGAUUCUGUUAAAUGUGAAAGACAGGUGACUGAAGUUUCAGUAACAAUAUUUGUGGCAAGAGAAACUGAUUUACCCGUAUGGCACAUAUUCAUUACAUUCCGUGUUUUGGUGAUAUGGAGUUUCCAGAAGUGAUACAGUUCCAAUAGGUUCAAAACUACCCAUACAACGCCCGGUGGACGUGGAAGCCUGUUGCUCGAUCCAGAACCCUCCGGACUUUCCAACCCAAGUCCAUCAUCGUAAGGCAUUCGCCUGUCGGAAGGCACCCAAGUCAACGCUUAGUCAUGUACCAGUCAAUAGGAAGGAACGAGGCCUACCUGCGCCUCCUGGCUAACCAACUAUUAACCAAAGAAGAAAGCGAGGUUUUCAAAGAGGCACUUUACAAUUUCAGAGUGUCCAAGUCCAUUCCUAAGCUUUGCUCACAGCUUCGACCCAUUAUUUCCACUGUAGAAAAAAUGAUAUUAUUGGUGGAAAUCAGCAACAGGUUACCUACUCACCUGCGACAGGAUUUCCAUCGACUCUGUUCUUUGCACUUUGACAAGUACAAUGAUGUCCUCAAGACCAUGACCCCAGGAAAACAGUUUCAAGAGAAAGCCAAGGUGAUUGCUCAAGAUUCAACUGGUGGCAUUCGGGUUUUGGCAAAGGGAAAUCAAAAGACACUAGUGUUUACCUCACAAGCGGACCAAGAGGCCUUGAGGCGGAAUGCCGCUAGUGCUAGUGAAAGUAGUUUAACGAUGGACCAACCUGUCUCAGAUAAGUCCUCACUGUUUCAGAGUGAUGAAUCCUUGAGAAUGUUCCGUAGGUCUCUGUCAAGUGAUAACAGCGAAGAUACCUUGUUUGCUACUCGAAAUCAAACCAACAACGCGAUAUUUAAUGGCGAUCGGUCGUACGGGGAGAACAAAAUGGCGAUAUAUUCACAGCCCAUGCAGUUGGGGAGCUCGUUGGACAGCAGUACAGCGAGUGAAAGUUUUGAAACUUUUCGGAAUAAAUAUGACAAGAGUCAUGUAUUUCCUGCCCAUUCCAACGUGCAGCAUAAUAACGUACCCAUAAAUCAUAUUUCUGCAGUCCAGUUUCGACCAGCAGUGCGCCAUGUGACGCUUUCCAGGUCCGGCUUGGACAGCCUAGGAAUUAGCAUUAGGGGCGGACAGGAGCAUGAGACACCUGUCACAGUACAGAAUGUGGAAGCAGGGAGUCAGGCUGAGAAAAAGGGACUCACACAAGGAGAUAUAUUACUCGAAGUAAACGGAUACAAUUUUCAAAAUAUUUCUCACUCACGUGCUGUAGAAAUUAUCAAGAGUCAACAUAAUCUGCAUUUAACGGUUACCAAAGCACGCCCUCAACACUUACCAGAUAAUAUGCCAAAAGGUCUUGGAGAUCCCAUCCCGGUACACAGACUGGUGGAGAAAGAUGUGACCUUGACCGCUACCAAAGAAGGCGGACUUGGAUUUAGCUUGUCAGGAGGCGCUGAUCAAACUGCCGCUCCGAUCAUUGCUGAUGUCUUCAAAAACUCUCCCGCGGAGACAGCGGGUCUGCUGAGGGAUGACAGAGUUCUGAAAAUUUUAGGAAUCGAUGUUAAAGAGCUAACCCACAAGCAAAUCGUCGCCCUGGCUACAUCAUCCAAGGUUUUGAAGUUGAGAAUCCAAAGAAGAAUACAAGAAGAAGCGCGGAAUGUCCACCAUAGCGGAACAAUAUAUUCAGGAAAUCAUAUAGUCUCUACACCGGCGAACGGAAUCCUGAGUCUCCCUAACGGCGAUGGUCCUCAAUUCGCCAGUAGUCCCGUCAUCAGAAGGAAGUCUCACUCUUCACUGAGCAUCGACGGAGAGGACAAGGAAAACAACCGCGGACCGAAUGGGGCCGUAGCUGCCUCGAUCAAAACGCGAAAUUUCUUCAACAUCUCCAAUGGUCCCAAUGGAAAUCACACACACGACGCUCACAACUUGAAAGUACAUGCUGCACAGGUGUCUUCACAUUUUGAAGAAACUGAUUUUCAGACAGAGGCUAAUAACAGAAGGAAGUAUGUAAAACGUCGAGAGCAGGCAUCACCAACGGUGCACAAAGAUUCUGUGUACUCCACGUAUAGUUACCGCCAUGGAGCGCCACCUAUCGACGCCAGUGGAUUCUUCGGGAAUGCUGGAAAUACUGCAACAAUGGAGAGAAGGUCCCAUCAUUCGUCGGCCAGUGAAAUCAGCAAAUCGCCACACUCAACGAUGCAGAAAAACAGGAGACCAUUUUCCUCAUUUAUAGUUGUUCCAACUCCAAAAGUUUCAUCCAAAGACGUGAAUAUGAAAGCCGCUUUAAAGGAAGGUCUGGAAAAAAGAAACAAAGCCCUCCAAAAUCUUCGAAACGUACAUCCAUCAGCAAGAGAUGAGGAGUGGAAAAUAUAGGGCUUGCUUAAAAUGGAUUUUACAUAUUAUCAAAGUAUUUAUCCCGUAUACAUAUAUAUAUAUACAUCUGGAUAGUGUGUGUCGUCGCAUUUUGGAUGUGGUGUGAACAGUUGUCCUGACUUAGCACGCGAUAUUAGACGUCAGUUUCUGUCGAUGAAAUGCUCGUCGUAUAGAAACAUGCACUCAUUACAAGUACUAAGAGCACUAUCAGCGUUUCUUUCCCAUAGAUGAAAAUGUGUGUUUCAAACGUUUAGGCAUAUUUAUUCACUCCCUUGCCAAUAUCGCUGCGCAUGCAGUAUUUCGUUUCCAUGAUUCGGGACAUGCUAGUCCAAGGACAUUUCCAGCGUGCUACAUGAAUGUAAUCUACUGACAUUCUUUGUCUGGCUAAAAGUCACCAACUUUCGUUUUUCGCUUGUAAUAUCAUGUGAGCAUCAUAGCAUGGUAUUUAUUUUAGUAAUAUAUAUGAGCUUACCGUUGAUGGUUAUAUGUAUAUGACUUAAUAUAAUGUAAUUGCAAUGAAAAAGUAUGUGUGCGGCGCUGGGAUGAUUCCUAUUGUGUAGUAAUCAGGGUGUGUGUGUGGGUGAGUGGGUGGGUGAAUUUACUUUACCUGUACGUCAGUUUCUUUUGUAACGUAUAACCACAUCCAAUACCACGUGUGGUUUCAUUUUCUUAGUUUUUGACCAGAUCUGUUAUACAUGUAAUCCAAGAAAUAAGCCACAUUUACGAGAUAACAUAUCCUUCUUAUAGGAAACAUUUUCACAAGGUGGCCUUUAUGUAGUAUUUUAUGUGCUCGAGGUAAACAUAGUACCUCUCCGUACACUCCCUUCUACGUAUAGAAUUUCAACUUCAGUUUGGAGCCAGCGUAAAAGCAAGCGGAAAUUCGUUUUUCGUUACUCAUCCUGAAUGAGCAGAAAUCUGUCAAUUGGUAGAUUGGUUUAGGAAUAAUAAAUGAACGCCCACCAAAAACUGCUACGUAUAUAAAUACACAUGACUCACGCGCUUCUCAUGAGAAUACAUUAAACUGUAAGGUGACAUAUAGCUCCGAUUGUCCUUUGUGUAUCGCUUCUCUCGUAAAACGAAACGUGUGCGUAUUCCUGUAAAGUACACAAAAUUGUGCCAUUUGUAUAAACCUUUUUUGAAUAUGUGAUAUUACUUAUUGUACCAGAUAGAGCCUGUUAUGAUGUUUAUAUAUGUAUGUAUAUUUUGUAAUUUGACCAACUGGCAAUGUAGUUUAAAUCCAGUUUUGAAUGUCUCAGUAAAACAGACUGCAUGUCUAAAGACAAAAUGCACUGCAUGUGUACAACGCCAUCGAUUAUAUAUCUGACUAAGUAUGAUUUAUCAUGAUCGUCGAAGUAAACUAGUAAACUGUUAAUAGUCUCUAGAAAGUUAAAUGGUCAAACACAAUGUGCAGAAACACACGAUAAGUUAUUGUCGCUUUCUCAAUUCAGCUUGAAAUUUUGAUUUGGAGUUAAGGUGAUUGAUAUGUAGAUAUAAAUACUUUUGCACAGGCACAGACUUAAUUAUAUGUUCUGCACAAUGAUCCUGUAUAUAUCUGUCCAAUGUAAAGGAAGGAGACUCCACCUGGGUGCUCUGUACCAGUACAUGGUAUGCUGCGAAACUUUCAAUGACAGUUUCGCCUCAGGUGUUAAUAAUCAGAGCCAAUCAAAAUACGUAUGCACGUUAUACUAUAUCAUCUACUUUGCAAGUCAUCUGACUGAACGACAAGCAUGCAUGGUUUAGUUACCUCGAAGUAAAGAUUACACUUGCAUGGUGUAGAGGUACUUAUACAUAUUUUUGCUUUUUGUGUUUAUAUGUGUGCUGUAUAUUAAAAAAACAAUCUGUUGAAACCAUUUGUGCGCGUCCGUUGUAUGAAAUCUAUGGCUGGUCAUCUCGUCAUAUUGACCAGUUUUAGGACAGCUAUUAGUUAGAACCAUACACAAAAUAUUGUAAAGCUCUUUUACCUUGUUUGCUUGUUCCUCAGCGUUUUCUGCUAGGGUUUUUGUCACCAGUAAUCCAGCUCCAUUACGUUCACAACCUUUGUUUAGGUCCGGUUGGUUUGUUUUAAUUUACUCUGUGCUAAGUAUAACAUAUAUCCAUAUCUGCAAUAA